AUGCCUCAUCUAGCACCAAAUUCUCUGAACGGGGAUAUUUCAGUAAAGUCCAAGAUGACAGAAGACGAUAGCGCCGUGUUGGCAUUGCGCAACUUCAUCUUUGACAUUUGCAACCAAAAUGGCGGAGGACAUGGAGGAUCUGCUAUCGGUAUGGCUGCCAUCGGCGUGGCUCUUUACAAAUAUGUGAUGCGCUAUAACCCGUCGGAUCCCGAAUGGUUUGACAGGGAUCGAUUCGUCCUCUCAAAUGGCCACACGGCCAUGUUUCUGUAUGCACUGAAUCACCUCACGGGGUUCGACAACUUCAGCAUGGACGAGAUUAAAGGAUAUGGAAGCGCCAAGCUGAAUGGCUUCACAACUAUCUGCCAUGCUCACCCAGAGAUCGAAGUACCCGGCGUUGAAGUGACGACCGGUCCUCUCGGACAGGGAAUUGCUAAUGCAGUUGGACUGGCCAUUGCAUCUAAGAACUUGGCCGGAAAAUUCAAUAAACCCGGCCAUGAUAUUGUUCAAUCCCGCAUAUACUGUAUGACCGGAGACGGUUGUUUAAUGGAGGGCGUUGCCCUCGAAGCUAUCUCUUUGGCUGGAAGUUUACAGCUGGACAACUUGGUGCUUCUCUAUGAUAAUAACCAAGUAACCUGCGAUGGACCCUUGGACUGGAUAAACACCGAAGACGUCAAUGCCAAAAUGAGGGCUUCUGGGUGGCAUGUUUUGGACAUAGAAGAUGGCUCUUACGACGUACCAUCGAUCGUCAUAGCCCUGGAAUAUGCCAAAUCAAUCAAAGGAAAACCAGUAUUUAUCAACAUUCGAACUGUCAUUGGGCUCGGCACCCAGGUUGCAGGCACCUACAAGGCGCAUCACGGUGCUUUUGACCUCGCCAGCAUCGAGGCAUCGAAGCGCCUUGCUGGACAAGAUCCUGCAAUCACCCAUGUUAUCCCCCCGGCUCAACUGGCUUACUUCCGAGAGCGAAAAGCGUCCGGCGAGGCUAUCCAGAAAGAUUGGAAUUCUCUAGUUGAGAACUACACUACCACAUAUCCUGCCCUAGGAGAAGAAUUGAGCCAGAGGCGCAGUGGGAGCUAUGGAACAGAAUGGCUUGAUAUCCUCAAGGGCAUUGAUGUGACGCAGUUUAAAGGGGCAGCCACGCGAGACGUGAAUGGGGCUAUUAUCGACAAACUGUGGGCUGCUUAUCCCGCUCUUUGCGGCGGCGGCGCCGACUUGGUAAAUUCCAACAAGUUUCCGUAUGUGGAAUCCGAUGUCUUCCAUUCGUCAGUCGGUUCUUCUGCUGGUCGUUACAUUCGUUACGGAAUCCGAGAACAUGCCAUGGCGGCCGUGUCAAACGGGCUUGCUGCGUACAACCCAGGCACUUUUUUGCCUUUGACCGCCACCUUUUUUAUCUUCUACAUCUACGCCGCGCCGGGUGUUCGAAUGGGUGCAUUGAGCCAUUUGCCCGUCAUUCACUGUGCAACACAUGACUCCUUCGCUGAGGGCCAGAAUGGACCUACCCAUCAGCCAGUCGAGGUAGACUCUCUUUAUAGAGCUAUGCCAAACUUGAAUUACAUUCGCCCUGCGAAUGCAGAAGAGACAAUUGGUGCCUGGAUUAUUGCUCUGGGUAACAAAUCGAAGCCCACCAUGCUCUCCCUGGCACGAGACCCCGUUGGAGAUAUCCCCGGAACAGAUCGAUUCAAGGUUGCAAAGGGUGCAUAUGUAGUAAUCGAUAUAGCCGAUGCUCAGCUUACUCUGGUCAGCUGUGGCACCAAUUUGCACUACGUUGUAACUGCAGCCCAACGACUGUCUGCGUCGGGAGUUCCAACGCGUGUUGUGAGCGCCCCCAGCUUCGACCAUUUUGAUCAGCAACACAGAGACUACCAAGCAACGGUAUUCCCCUUGGAUGGGACGCCGGUCGUCAGUGUCGAGGAAUAUAUAGCUACAACGUGGGCCCGAUACACCACUGCUAGUAUUGGCAUGACUGGAUACGGAUAUUCCGCGUCAAAUCCUAGCAACUAUGAGAGAUUUGGCUUGGAUGCCAAUGGAAUCGAGAAAAGGGUUCGGAAGUAUCUUCAUGACCUGGGUGGUAGCAACGCACGUAUGACUGGAUGGCGGCAAUUGUGA